GUUUUCACGCAUAGUAGGGAACGGGACUGCAUACGUCGUGUGUGCCACAGGGCAAUUAAGCCAGGCCUUGAGGUUCCCGCUUGGUUGAAAGUCCAAAGGGUCUGGGCAUGAACUUCGCUUAGAGUAGGGCACCCGACAGCCGACACUUUCCCGUCUUUUAGUCAGUCUUUCUGCUCACUUCGACCUCUUGCAUACUCAACCUCACGAGAACGUUCGCUGUUUUUCAUGCUUGUCGUCCAUCAUCAACAACAGUCGCCAACCUCCAUUGAAUCCAAAAAAAGGUCGACCAUACACACCGUGCUCCCCUGCUACGUCGGUACUUCCCGCAUCCUGGACACUUAGAACACCAACAAACCAACCACUGCCCAGACACUUCAGCGCCGUCCGAUCUUUUUGCGCUGUCCCCCGGGCCCUCCACACCUUCACAACUGCACUCCACGGUCUUCCAUACUAGCAUCAUCCGUUUGGCGACACUCACCGACCACGAAAAGCAAUCGACGACAACCCAGACUGCGGGACGCAACCGAUUCGUUUCCUUGCGAAGCACGAUUCACUUCGACGACCACGAAGCCACUCAAUCCGUGUUAUUUCAAGCCGUAUCAGCCCACGUUUCUCGCCGUCCCCGUCCUCUGUCUUGGAAUAGGCAGUCUUGCGAAAUAUUAGUCGGCACAUCUUCCGCCGCCGUUCGGUCGACCACGUUGCCACACCUCCUUUUCGUGGCGGCCGCAGAACUCUGAAAGAAACUGUCGCAGAUCAUCGGCGCCAUUUCUGCGCUAUCCUACGAUCCUUCGACCCGCCCCUUCCUUCGCUCAAGUCCGGUCCAUAUCCUAUGAAUUUCUGCUUGGAUGCCACCGAGCACCGUUUCAUAAUAACAAAGUCCGACCCAACGCUUCGGUCCACGGCACAACCAGUGCCGGUGUAGACGUAUCACGUACCUGGCCCAGUGCUGUGUACUCGAGUCUUCAGCUCGGCUAAGCUGGUGGUACACGUAACUAGAACCCACUUGAUGGACAUCGUCAAGCUUGCGGUCGAUUUGCGGCGAUAAAACCAACCAGACAACGAGAGCCCCAUCGCUAAAAGUGGCUUGUGCAGGAUUUGCAACUCACCCCUGCUGAAUAUAUUCACACCUCACAAUGUCUAGCACAGUACCAAAGCCGGCCCGGCUAUCAAGCGGGCCACCCAACUCCGCUGGCCCUGCGCUUUCUAUGGGCAAGACGCGGAGAUCCAUAGGCGGACUAUCCGUUUCAACCAACACUGCGAUGCCAUCAACACCCAAAUCUGGUGUUCUUCGAACCCCAUCAAGCGCUUCCAAUUUCCGCAACUCUACAGCAUCACCAGCAACUGGCGGAGGCCUUCCCCAGCCGCGCGCCGUUUCUUCCAUCAACGCUUCAUCCAAAACGCUGAGGAAAUCCGUUAGCAUAAACUCGUUUCCGCAACCACCACGCGGCGAAGGCCGACUUACCAGCUUACCGCCUAGUCCGCUCUCUGCCGUUGCCUCGUCGCGAAAAUCAAAGACACCGACAACACCGACCUACCAAUUCUCCGGUAGCACGGGGAGCCUCGUCAACGGGAGCGGUGACGGCCGGACGGCUGCCCGGUCUAGAAACUCGGAUGGCUUGAUCAGCAUCGCAUCACCACCCCAGAGCCGCAGUUCAUCCGCACAAGAUUCAUACUCGACCUCAGCCACGCAAUACGAAGACAUGGAGGCAACGCAAUCUCGACCAGAUACCUCUGCAGGGAGCAAAAGUAAGCGCGAAUCAAAGACCGAAACAAAAGGCAAUGUCGUCGUGAGCGUAAGAGUACGGCCAGAUGCUUCCGGGAAUGAGCACACCACAGACGGGGAGUGGAUGGUGGACGGGAGGAGGUCGCUCAUUUCGUACAACGGCAAGGAGGGAGGCGACUAUUAUUAUGAUAAUGUUUUUACGACCCACGACGACAAUUCAAAAGUCUACGACCACAGUGCCAAGCGCUUGGUCAGACGAGUUAUGGAGGGAUAUCACGGCACAGUCUUUGCAUACGGUAUGACGGGUACAGGAAAGACAUUUUCGAUGCAGGGCACCGCCUCUUCGCCAGGUGUGAUACCGUUGGCUAUAACCGACAUCUUCUCAUACAUUCGCGAAACGCCGUCGAGAGAGUUCCUGCUCCGGGUCAGCUACCUGGAGAUCUACAACGAGAGGAUCCACGAUUUACUGAGUAUGGCAACGGGGGGCAACGGUCCUGGCGCCCCGGCACAAGAGGAGAUCAAGCUGCGUGAAGACAGCAAGCGGGGUGUUUAUGCGACGCCUCUCAAGGAAGAAAUCGUCCAGAGUCCGACGCAGCUCCUGCGUGUGAUUGCACGAGGUGAUCAAGCUCGCCGGGUCGCAAGUACGCAGUUCAACGCCAGGAGUUCACGCAGUCACGCAGUCGUUCAGAUUGUGGUGGAGAGUAGGGAGCGUGUGCCCGCGGGAGAUAGCUCGGGGGGGAGCAAGCGACAGGGUCUGCUGCCAGGUGGCGUGCGAGUUUCGACCUUGAGCUUGAUCGAUUUGGCGGGGUCAGAAAAGGCGGCUGACACAAAGGAGAGACGUCAAGAGGGUUCACACAUCAACAAGAGUUUGUUGACCCUUGGAACGGUCAUCGCCAAGCUUUCCGAGAACAAGGACAAGGACGACAAACAUUUACCUUACCGCGACAGCAAACUGACACGAUUAUUGCAAGGUGCGCUGUCAGGAAACUCGCUUGUGAGCAUUCUUUGCACUAUUCAGUGCGGCGCUGGCGGAAGUACCGCAGGAAGCACUCACAUCAACGAGACACUUAACACACUGAAAUUUGCGUCUCGAGCGAAAAAUAGCAUUGUCAGCCGCGCCAAACGUGCUGACGAAGCUCUCGGAGCCGGAGGUGAUGGCAAUGCUAGGGUCUUGCUGGAACGCUAUCGGAUGGAGAUCGCUGAACUGCGAAAGGAAUUAGAAAAGCAGGCAAAGGCCAACAGUCAAAAGGAAGCAGACGAGGAGAUGGAGCGUGAUGCGAAGGAAGAACUGGCACGAGAGCUGGAAAUGGAGCAACGCCACGAAGAACAAAUGCUGGAAAUGCAGCUGGCUCGAACCGCCUUGAAGGAGAGGAUCGACCAUUUGAACCGGCUCAUUCUCAGCUCAAAGUCGAUAGGAGUCAACGCUAACGGAUCCCUCAGCUCCUAUUCGCUCAACACAUUCAACAACCGGUUCUCUGUAGGGUCGGUGAGAUCCGUCAUGACUGCCUCUAACGCAGGCAGGCCAUUCUUGGAGAGGUCUACAUCUAUGGCAUCAUCUUCCUCAACGAUUGGCCGGAGAUCUUUCGAAAAGCGGUCGUCUAGUACCGGGCCAGAAGCACCUCUAACGGAGGCCGAAGACGAGGACAGCAUAGGGGAAUUUGGAGAUGGGACAGCCUCGCUUGCGGCUCAGAAUCGCGCGUUGCAGGCAGAUCUGGCGGACAAGAACCGGUAUAUCCAAACACUGGAAAAGCGACUUCUUCAGGCUCGCCGCGCAAGCUCAUCGCGCACCUCGCUCGGGAUUACCCCAGGGAAUAAGAUCUUGGUGGGAGAGGACCAUAGCGUUUCGACCUUGCUUAGGGAAAAGGAUGCAGAGAUUAUUGAGCUUCGGGCCCGGUUAGAGGACAAGGACAGAAUGUUGGCGGCAUUGCGGAGCGCGGCGAGAUCAAGGGACAACGCGGACCGCGUCGAGUCGAGGACUAGCAAUCGCAACUCGCGGGUCUUUUCCGAUGAUGGCAACUACAGCCUUGCCAACACCCCCGGCCUCACCACGCUCAGCAGCCCAACCGGUUCCACGCCGACGUUGAGUAGUCAGGUGUCGCUCAUGAACAGCAUCAAGACACGGACAAAGAGUGUGGAUGAGAUGAGCAAGAUGCUGGACGACAUGAUCCAGGAUCGCGUCGAAUCUGGUCAGCUCAUCCGUGGGAAUAGGGGAAGCAUUAGGGUCGCGCCCACGCCCGCUCCCACGAUGCCGCCGCCGCCGCCACCAGGCCCGAUUCACGGUGAACACAGAGAGCCGAUCCGGCUUUCACAGCGAACGCCAUCGAGGACACCAUCCCCGCCGACCCAGAUGAACGAACCGCCUAUCAAACUGCAGUUGCUAUCGAAGCUUAGGACGUCGUAUGUUGCCGAGUCUCAAGGGCCAGUCAUCAUGGAGGUGUAGAUGACAAGGGCUCACUUCCAUUCGCGGGCAUGAUGUCCUUGUGUUGUUUCUGUUUCAACCCGCGUCUCGUGUGUGUGGAUGCGAUUGAUUUGCGCCAAAUGAUGAUCUUAUACCCGAGUUGUUAUUUUUUUUUCUUUUUCUUUUUUUUUUCGUACCUGUUCCUGCUGUCAUUUGCUUAUUAUAUUUAAGCUCCCUCUUGAAUGAACCCCCCCUCUUGGGAUUGGAGUUUUCUGGUUAUGAAGAGAUGAACAAGUUGCUUGGUUGGUUGUUUGGUUGUCAAUCGAAUAGGUGUUGGUUUAUUGCUGCCGAAGCCGGAAGAAAGGCGCUGUAUCAUAUCCGUUCUUCUAUUUUCUCCUACGUCCUUCACAUGUAUGUGUAGGAUGUAUCUGUAUCUCUUUUUCUUGCUUUUUCUUUACUCUCUUUGAUCGUCAAGCUCAGAUCACGGUGGGGAGAGGGAAGAGGAGAUUUUUUGUUAUGACCAAGACAAGCGGAAUCUGGAAUGGGUUUUAGACGAUGAAUAGGAUGGAAGGAAGAGAGGGUAAAAUCAUACAUAACAGCAUCAUGGCUCUAAAAAUGCUAUACAGUUGAUCCAGGCGCAAGCAGGAGGGAGACUUCGGAGACCGGGAAUGGGACAACAGGAAAGGAAGAGGGAAGAUAAGAUACCGAUAUGAUUACAACCAAAACGUACAAGCGGGUUAUAAACGCGGUAUAUCGUCAUUUAUGACGGAUCUAGUGUAAAUGGUUUCUCGGUCCAUCCAGAUUACUUACUUAGGUUUCGCUGCUAACAUAACUUUGUGGAACUUUCAAUAUGAAGAAAGUGGCCAAACUGCAAUCAUGACGUCGGUUAAAGCUCGCUUAUAUUCUGACCAUAACAGAUUACCG